AUGAAAGGCCUUAAUCUUAAUGGUGUCAUAGAGUUUUGCCGUGUGCUGACACGUCAACCGCAGCUUCUUUUGCCACAAGUCUCUGUGAAAGAUGUGACGGAAGUGCCUUUCCAGACACUUCGAGACCGAGGAUUCCGUGGUGUGAUUUUUGACAAAGACAAUACGUUGACGGUGCCGCACAAAUUGGAAAUUGCAUCGCAUUUAGAGUCCUCUUUGGCUGAAUGCCGACGAGUGUUUGGGGACUCGAGUGUUGUUAUUUUCUCCAAUUCGGCUGGAUCUUCAGACGACACGGACGGAGUGGAAGCCGAGAAGAUUGAAGAAAAAUUGCAUGUUGCUGUACUUCGUCAUAAUCAGAAGAAACCUGGAGGCAUUGGAUUUGUGAAAACCCACUUCGGUACAGUCGAUAUAAAGACACUGGUUGUGAUUGGCGAUAGAUACUCGACAGACGUACUGUUUGGAAAUCUCAAUGGACUUCUUACAAUUCGGACAGAGCAAUUUACACCUAAAAGUGAGAGUAUUGUUAAUCGACAACUGCAACGCAUUGAAAAGGCAGCUGUACGAAUGCUACUCGGUGCUGGAGUGAAGCCGCUUACACAUCCACUUUGGGAUGGCGUUGAUACCAAGGAGUAA